AUGGCCCCUUGUCGAUUUUCCCAGGUUGUGUUUGUGGCCACAACAUGCCUGUGCGCUUUGCCCUUCUCUACUGCCCUGGAGGCGUGCCCCAAAAACACAUACCGGAGCUCGCCAAUCGUCUUUAGUUGCGGUGGGGGCUUCGGCAACACUUACCUCACGGUGCCGGCAAAUCAGAGCGUACCCUUGACAAUCCCGCUUGGAGUGGAAGGCUUUCGGAUCACGGCAAACUCCAGCACGGGACGUGUUCGUCUGCAGCUUCGCGAUGCGGCAUCCGAUGUUGUGGUCGUCGCUCAAGAUCACGGCCUCAUCAAUGGUUCUGUCCGUGCUGGAGUCUACAAGGAUGUUGGCAUCGUUUAUUCAGGAAACUUGUCGAGCGCUAACAUUAGCCUGUACUUGCUUGGUGCUCUGACGGCUCCAAUGAAGCUAUCUUUUGCGACGACCACAAGCAGCGGCAUUGCCAGGGUGCACCUGGCGUACACUUUCGAACGAGUCCUGGAAUGCUCUUCGCCACCUGCUGGCUGCCAUGAGUACCACGAGGAAGAUGCUCGAUGGCAGGUCCAAGUCUGGAGCCGUUGGGCGCGCUCGGAGUACCAAAAUGCCAGCCGGGCUUGGCAAGCUCUAGCAGAAGACCGGGCAGAGAAAAACGGGGUUUCUUGGCCCGAGUGGCCUGAGGUGUGGUCGGUCUUCGUUGGGAACUCGAGCAUCCAAGUCGCUGGCGAAGAAUGGCAGCCUAGCUUCCGGUACUUGGAUGCAGAUCGAGAUGGCUUUGUUUCACAGGAGGAGUUCGAGCUCGGCUUCCACGGUGGUGGCCAAGCCAGGGGCCGUGACGAGGCAGCCGUGACGAUGGAAGAGGUGAUCGGUAAGACAGAAGGUGCUGUUCGUUCCCACCUGUGGAUCGUUGCCGGUGCCGCUUCUGUGCUGCUGCUGGCGGCAGUGUUGUGCUGGCGCUGCAGGUCCUCCGGGGCGAAACGAGUAGUUCGUUCUGUGUCAAAGCUCUCCCGCGACGAUGUCCCUUCCGGGCCUGGGCAGGCUCUGAAAACUGGACGUGCAGCCGCCGCGGCCAGCCUUCCGACCAAGGAGCCAUCCGCAAGCAAAGGAACCAGAGGACUUCCAGACUCGACUGGGGCCGGCGCUGUGCAUGGAGAGGGUCUUUGGCUCUUUCCCCACAUUGGUCAGGCAUUGCCAUCCUUCCUCACCCAGGAGUCAUUCCGGUACGUGCCGCUUGCAACCCAAGAGGAGGUGCCUCUACAACAUGCUGGCGUCGGGCAUCCGCCAUCUUCGGAGAGUUUUACAGGAUGGCAUGCGCAGCCGGGUUCUUUCUCCCUGCCGGCUUCGUCCGCUUCCGGUCUUCAGAGCUUUGCUAUGGCCCCGGAGUUCGGUCUCGGCCACAUGGCGCCGUCCAUGGCCCUCGGUCCUCUGGGUCAGGCCGGCCAGGAUCCACGGCGAGAGGCUAUGCUGCAUGUGGCCUGGGCCGCCAGGCUGACGCAAGGGAGUCCCUGGACCUCUGCUCCAGCUUCCGCCGCCUCGCCGAGCAUCGCAGAGCCACCAGUCCGCCACGCAGAGUUGGCUGGACCGGUGCAGGUAAUGCCGGCGGAAAUCCCCGUGGUUGGCACUGGCGCGGAGGAGACUGCCGCCGACCGUUGGGGCGAUGUUGCUGCGGUCAUCAGCCCGCAGCGGUUGUCGGCGGAAAUCUGA